AGUAACAUCCUCGUUACCAGGCGUUCUCAUCUCACGACAAGAAGCCUGGAACGGAAAACUCCAAAUGAUCGUUAUGGCGAGAACGAGGGCGGGACUAUCAGAUGCAGGAGUAUAGUUGCGAAAGACAACUUUGCCAAAUUCCACAUAAAAAAAAGUAUUUUCUUUUCUUUGGUGUUAGUUUUAUUUUCCCCGCAUAUCGGGACUUGACUCUGUCGGCCUCAGCCCAUGGGAUCGUAGAGACAGGAAUUGCGUAGCGAUAGACCGGCGUAACGUUACCACUCGGGAUCCUCUCUCAGCCGGACAAUGUAGCGCGUUUCCUUGUUUGACAGCAAGGAGUUGUAUUCAGAACACAACACAACAGAAGGAUGAGUUUCUCAGGCUAUUAACGUUAACAGCAACGGAAAAGUAGUAUUUUACCCGAAGAGGUUCAUCACUAUCAGGUUCUACACGCGAUAUCAGCUCAACAUUUAACAGUUAUAGAUUCCUCUGGAGUUAAAUGUCUAUGCGUUCAACGUACUUUAGGAGCGUUUCUGGAAUUGUUGUUGUUAGCUGCUGAUGUUAGCAAGAUAACUUGCUAGCCACCUUAGCCGACCCGUUGGUUUACGUGAACGAACUGCAAAAGUGUUGUCAAUGAUCUACUUUUCAUUUGUUUGUUAAUGUUGGAUAGAAGGCAGGUCGAUGCCGUGGCUUAUGGAGCCAGGUAACACUUGUCCCAGUGCUUUAAAAACUGGACGUUUAGUUGAGCUGCUCUCUUUAAUUAGCCUGGUGAGCUAACACACAGGCUAGCGCCUGCAGUUCAGAAUAAUGAGUAGAAAACAUCAACACUACAGAGGAGCCGAAGUCAGCUGCUGGGUCAAAUACGUCUUGUUUGGAUUCAACAUCAUAUUUUGGUUACUCGGUGCCGCAUUCCUGGCCGUUGGCCUGUGGGCAUGGGCGGAGAAGGGAGUGCUGGCCAACCUGUCGUCCAUCACCGACCUGGGGGGCUUCGACCCCGUGUGGCUCUUCAUGGUGGUGGGCACCGUCAUGUUCGUGCUGGGCUUCGCCGGCUGCAUCGGGGCUCUCCGAGAGAACACGGUUCUGCUCAAGUUUUUCUCAGUGUUCCUGGGAUUGAUAUUCUUCCUGGAGUUGACCGCCGGGAUCCUGGCCUUGGUCUUUAAGGACUGGAUCAAAGACCAGCUCAACUUCUUCAUCAACAAUAACGUCAAGGCGUACCGCGACGACAUCGAUUUGCAGAACCUCAUAGAUUUUGCACAAAACUACUGGUCGUGCUGCGGGGCCCACGGGCCCAACGACUGGAACCUCAACAUGUACUUCAACUGCACCGACAACAACCCCAGCCGGGAGAGGUGUGGGGUUCCCUUCUCCUGCUGCAUCAAAGACCCCGCCGAGGACGUCAUCAACACGCAGUGUGGCUACGACGUGCGGCUUAAAGCGGAGUUGGACCAGCUGAAGUUUAUCAACACCAAGGGCUGCGUGGGCCAGUUCGAGAAGUGGCUUCAGGAGAACCUGAUCGUUGUGGCUGGAGUCUUUGUCUGUGUUGCACUUUUACAGAUCUUUGGUAUCUGCCUCGCUCAGAACCUGGUGAGCGACGUGGGCGCGGUCAGAGCCAGCUGGUGAGGUCCGUCCUCGGGAGCAGAGGUCACCUGAAGAGGGGCGAGGGGGGGGCAGCAGCAGCAGCAUGAUGCUCUUUACACACACACACACGCACACACCUAUACAUACACACACACACACACACACACACGCACACACAUAUAUACACACACACACACACACACACACACACACACACACACACACACACACACACACACACACACACACACACACACACACACACACACACACACACACAACCAUUCUGACAGAAAAACAACAGAGUUUACCUCCCAGACUAUCUGCCAUGUCGGCUGGAGGUAGGAUUGGGGGCGGCGGGGGGUCGGGGAGAAUCAACACAACGGCUUGUUUACCACGGUGCUGGGGGAGACUGGACCCUGACGGAGCUGGGGGGGGUUCGCUCUCAAGCACACCUCACAGUCUGGAGCGUUUGUAUUCGGGUUUCUCCCUGGGUCCUUUUUUUGUUCGGUGUUCUCCCCCGGCUCGUCCCCCCCCCCCCCCCCCCCCCCCCCCCCCGCCAAGGGACCAAGGGUAGGGAGCGCCGGGCGACUGGAGGAAUUAGCACGUGACUGGAGCCUUCUGUAUGCUUUGUCUCCCGUCGUCUUGAUGUCACACAAGCCGCCCGCCCGGCGCUGCCGUCCCUCACGUAUCACAUUCCACUAGAACUGUUCAUCGAGGGCCGUCGUCGGGCGUGGAUCGGAUGAGGUCUUACUCAUGCAUUCCUACCCGGGGAGUCGUUCUGGUCACCCCACAUGACCACUGAAGACCCGACACUGGCCGGUCAAGUAGGCCACAUUUUAAACGCAUAUACAGAGGGAUUCAAAACUUUUUUUAAGUUGUGUGUGUAUAUAUAUAUAUAUAUAUAUAUAUAUAUAUAUAUAUAUAUAUAUAUAAAGGUGCCAUUAUUUAGAGUGUUUUUUUUCCUUUCUUUUGUAACCCAUAUUUUUUACUUUCGUCAACACAAGUUUGCAGGUUACAGGGCACAGCUGGAUCCCCUGAGUUUUUUGAGCACCGGUUUCCAAGGUAACCUUCGGUCUAGCUACAGGUCAACCUUUUUACCAAGGCAACCCCCGGGUCUAGCUACUGCGUAACACAGGUUACCUAUGGCAACCCAGCAUCCAGCUACAGCUUGGCACAGGUAACCGAGGCAACCCGCGGGCUACCUUCAGGUAAAUAUUACUAUGCACAAACCCGUGGGAAUCUCUGCUUUAUCGGUUUAUCAAUUUAAGGUGUGUUGUAAUCUGGCUUUAUUGGGGUAUUCUUAGCUGAGUUUGGGGUACCUUUUUGUUAUUUUCCCCAAGCGUCCCCGAGGGACGCGGGAUGUCUGGACCGAGGCCUGAUUCCAUUCACCGGACUGGGGUGUCCAAACUAUGGUUUUCAUGUUCUAUUGCUUUUUAAUUUUUAUGUCUUUGAAUUGUGAGGUUGAAGCCGUUAUGACAUAGUAUGCUGUUUACUUUUGAUAUGCAUACGGGUGUUUGCUAACUUCGCCGGGUGUAGAAUCUCGGGGAGAGGAAACACUUUUCUCCCCUGAUGGAAACCAAAUAUUGCAAGGGAGCCUCCAGAUGACUCGUAAACAUAUCUCAUUGAUGGGGGAUUCCAUUAUGAGAGGAAACAACAGUGUAAUUUGGCCUUGCUAAUAAGCCUUUUCUUGGUUAACUUGAAUGUGAUUAGAUCUGCUAAUUCCUUUACCAACCGAGGGACAAGUGCCUGUUUUCAAUAAUUUAAUAAGUUUAAAAUGUCACUCACAACUUUCACAUCAUAGUAUUGUUUCUGCUGAGCUCUUGUCAUGCGCAUGGAUUUACAAUGUUGUUUAAUUGGAUAUACACUUACGUCUCUUCAAACACAAUAUAACAUGAAUGCUGCUUUACGGAUGACUAGUGGUAUUUAGUACAACGUCCAGGGCAACAGCGCCUAGCACUUCAAUUUAUCCAAUUAUAUUCCCUUUGACUGUUGCUUAACUGUGAGCAUCACAGAUCAUCAUUUGUUUGACUCUGUACAAAGCAUAACACUUUGCUGUCCCCAUCUUCCUCUCUGCCAUGCAUCCUCAAAACGGCCAAGGGUGUUUUCACCGGGCUCUUUGAUACGAGCACGAGAAGGUCAAAUGGUUGCUAUACUCUAACCAGUGGCUUAAUUUGUAAAUUAUUCUGCUGUGGAACGAUUCUGCAGCCAUGGAAUCUUAAAUCACUCUCAAUGACCAGAUUAGUAUUUAAGGUCAUUCCCCUGUCAACCAUUAAACAGUAGGAGGGGAGUGCAGUCAACAAUGCCCUGACGCACCAUUUUCAACCCAAAUCUUUAUCGUUCGACUCGACUUAAGUUUUCCGACACCAAAAUGCUUAGGUGUAAUGUAUAGGUUUCCUUUUAUUUUCUUGACUUGAUCUUUUUAACGUGGAUGCAUUGUCCCAUUCCAAACGUCUUUGAGUAUACUGCUUCUGGGUCCACCUCUUCACUCAGGGUCUGAAUACAUUCCCGUCUUGCUUCUGCACAGUCAGGGAUUUCUGCGUUGAGUGUGCCCCCCCCCCCCAUUAUGAACAGAUGUAAUAAACAAAGACAGGUAAGGGAUCGCAAUGCCAAGCUGGUCUUUUCUCCAUGAUGUCCAUACUGUUGCUAGGCAACACACACGCACGUUCGUUGGGGUAGAAUAAUUACCAAGCCCUCGCCAUACGGUAGGCGUGUACAACCCCUUAAUAUGCACAAUCCAUUAGGCUUAUUUGCUGUUGGACUCUGUUUGUUUCCCACCGAAGACAAUUAUAUUUGGUAAUUGUUUUUAUGCAGGGGACGGUGGAUGAAGAGAGCAGGCAGCUAAUUGUUCUUUUGUCCCUUUUAAGCAUGAUAGCCUGGCAAUGUUGAAUAGGUCCCUUGUGGACCCUAUAAUACAGUAGUUCACAAACUUGGGGUCGGGACCCAACGCCGGGUCCCCUGAUGUACAUAUAAAGUCAUGGGAGAUAGUUGACAUAAACUGGACAUUUGAUCCAUUUUAGCAAACAAUGUUUUUCUUUAGGAUGCCUCCUAGUUUUCCAGUAUCUACAAACUGACUGCCUUAUAAUUCAUUGCUAUGAGCGAAUCACUUGGUGUGUAGUAGAGUGAUGCGAUUACGUUCACUGGGAUAUUGAUUUUACCAGGAGAUAUUGAUUGGAUAAAAACUAUUCGUUCGGAAGCAGAUCAACAAGAUUUAGAGUCUGGCUGGCAAACAUUUUCAGAACUGAAAAAGGGGUCACAAGCCACAAAAUGUUGGGAGCCACUGCUUUAAUAGGUUCCAAGGAGAGAGGAGCCUUAUGUAUGCCACAAAUGUCUCUUUCAAUGUGGACCUAUACCUCAGCCCUCUGCAACGUACAACGCAUGCAAAUUCAAGGAGUGCGACCGGCACUGUGUACUUACUGGGGGGGGGUUUAGUUGUUGCACGUUUUGAAUUCUUUCAAAAACAAUUCAUCAGAAAGGAGCACUAGUGUUCCAUUAUUCGUGCUACAUUUUGUUAGGUGUGUUUUCCACCCCCUGACCUUCCCAGUUGAUGUUGAUCAGUUCCAGCUCAAGAUAUGUGUGCUAAUAAUUAACAUAUACAUUUAAUGUGUAGGAUUGAUGCUUCCUUUUGGUCCCUCUAUAUAACUUAACAUGCAGAAAAUGUUCCCAUGUCUACCUCACAACCCGCUGACGUUUGCAACCUGCUGGGUCUUUCUGACGCAGCGAGCACAAGCGUCACAGUGGAGAAUGAAUACAGGCUUCUCCCAACCGGUGCAUGCCUGUGACUGACGCACAGAUCCGGCCUGAUACAAUGCAAUGUCGGACACGUACCUUUUUAACCUGCAGUCACGGCCCGUCGUUGGUCAUGCCUAAGUACGUCCGACGGGGUUUAAAUCGGGAGUCGACGGGCAUUAAAGCCUUGCCCACAGAACUCAUAAUGUGGACGUGGAAGAAGUCUAAGCAGAGCUUAUCUUUUUUUAUAGAUGCUGAUGUCUUUGUUUGACGUUUGUUUGGAGCAUGUGAUAAUUGUAUAUCUUUUUAUUUUCUAAGAUUGCAACAAUAACCGGCAGAGUAGACAAGCGAGUUGUCCAUUAUUCUGUCAUGGUUUGUCUUGCAUAUUAAAAGGCCUUCAGGCGUAGGCUUGCAAAAUACUCUUGAAACGUGUGGGACAUGGUCUUUUACACUGAAUGUGUUGGAAAAUGCCUCUUUCAUAUAUUAAAUAAAGGAUUUAUGAAAAUGG